UUCACGCUUUUGAUUUGGUUUGACCCCUCUCUCUCUCUUGUUUUGUUUCGGUGGUUUUCUUUUCUACCCCACUCCUACUCCCUUUCCCUUGUGGAUUCCGUUCCGUGUACAAAUUACAAUUAAAAUUGUCAAUAAAUUAAACAACAGACAGACAGACAAACCUUAGUUUUAGUUUUGAAAUUAGAAUUCAAUUUGCGAUCAUUGGAUUCGAUCAAACUUGUUGUUUGUGUGUGUUUUGUUGAUAAGACAGACAGAGAAUGUCUUACGCGUAUUUGUUCAAGUACAUUAUCAUCGGCGAUACUGGAGUUGGAAAAUCAUGCCUUCUUCUUCAGUUCACCGACAAGAGGUUUCAGCCAGUGCACGAUUUAACUAUUGGCGUUGAGUUUGGAGCCAGGAUGAUCACCAUCGACAACAAACCUAUCAAGCUCCAAAUCUGGGACACGGCUGGCCAAGAGUCUUUCAGAUCCAUAACACGGUCCUACUAUAGAGGGGCAGCUGGUGCCUUGCUUGUCUAUGACAUCACCAGGAGGGAAACUUUUAAUCACUUGGCUAGCUGGUUGGAGGACGCGAGGCAACAUGCAAAUGCAAACAUGACAAUUAUGCUCAUUGGUAAUAAGUGCGAUCUAGCUCACAGACGGGCUGUGAGCACAGAGGAAGGGGAGCAGUUUGCAAAGGAGCACGGCUUGAUCUUCAUGGAGGCGUCUGCUAAAACUGCUCAGAAUGUUGAGGAGGCAUUUAUAAAAACUGCUGCAACCAUAUACAAAAAGAUUCAAGAUGGAGUGUUUGAUGUAUCAAAUGAGUCUUAUGGCAUAAAAGUUGGAUAUGGUGGAAUUCCAGGACCAUCAGGAGGCAGAGAUGGCGCUUCCUCUCAAGCUGGAGGCUGUUGUAGUUGAAAGUUUGAUCUCAUGUGCCAUGUUGAAGGCAGUUUAUCUGGUGUUUGUUUACAUUCUCAGUUUUUAUUUUUAUUUUUAAGUUUUUGUGGUUAAAUAUGAAGGUUAUGGAUCCUUUCUUUAUAUAAACGAAAUUGAAAUACGUGUAUAAUUCUUGGUCAUGUUCUAAUUUGAUUGUAAAUUAGUCAUUUAAAGUUAGGUGAGUUGAAUGAAAGUGCGGAUUCUGAAUAGACAGGGACUCAUUGUUAUUUAUUGGUGUUCA